UCGCGCUCGGCUGCUAUUGGCCAGCACCGGUCACGUGAUCAAAACAGUGUCAUGGCGGCGUCCGCGGCGGUCCGGUCGGCCGUGAGUUUGACGCAGCGGUUUGUCCGAGUUUCACCGGACUGCAGCAUCUGUCCGCUCUACCGACUCAACGCGUGUACGGGAGCCACCGACGGGUUUACCGCUCCGAAUCGACGCCUGCGGACCAGCAUCGGUGUGUGUCAGACUGAAGACAGCAGCUCACUGGAGGAGCACGAGCGAGUUGUGAAUGUGGUGUUCAUCGACCGCUCCGGUCAGAGGACUCGUGUCCAGGCGAGGGUCGGCGAGAACGCUCUUCAGCUGGCACACAGGCACGGGGUUGAUCUGGAGGGCGCCUGUGAAGCGUCUCUGGCCUGCUCCACCUGUCACGUGUACGUCAGCAGCGAACACUACGAGAAGCUUCCCGAGCCUGAGGAACGGGAGGACGAUAUGCUGGACAUGGCCCCGAUGCUGCAGGAGAACUCUCGUCUGGGCUGCCAGAUCGUCCUGACGCCGGAGCUGGACGGCAUGGAGCUGACCCUGCCCAAGGUCACCAGGAACUUCUACGUGGACGGCCACGUGCCCAAACCUCACUGAGCAGCGAAUGAACAGAGGGUUUGUGAUCGAUCGCAAAGCAUUGUGGGAUACCUGCGCUAGACAAGCUUCUGGCCGAUCGAACAUCUCUGAGCUUCUGAUCCGGUGAACUCUUGAGCUCCGGCUGAAUUCGGUGCACAGGUAUUUCCAUACGGAGGACUCCGGCGUAUAUCCUUCAUAUAACCACAGCGUUAGAGAUAGUGUACUGAAACAUCACAAUCCAUCACCCGUUCCUCUCUCUCUUCUUCUGUGUGAAUAAAAUGAAACUUCUUUUAGACCCGUUAAGAUUCUCCACAUCAGUGCUCAUCGUCUCACAUAACUGCAAUGCAGAUGUUGUUAUUCAUUCAUAGUUUUGUAUUUCCCAUUAUCCUCCAUGACUUGCUGUACUUCAGCAGAAUAUUACUGUAGUACAAGAUCUUAUUGAUUAAAGAGUGUGAAUGAUGCAUGAACGGCCUUCGUUUGUGUUGAUGUUGUGGUGAAGAGUCAGCUGGACUUGAUCUCCAUCUUUAAUGAGAUUCACAGAAAACAGAAACAUUCCACAGUACAAAUAAUUCCAGGCUUUUAGAAAUGUGACCUUGUUCAGACUCUGUGUGUGUGUCUCUGGAGGAAAACACACACAGAGAGAGUAACGCUGCACAUCUGCUCGGAUGACUGCUGGAGAUCCUCUGGAGACGGAUGUGUUUUACAGUAAAGACUGCACUUCACCUCAUUACUAAGAACCACACACACAUUUCUCCUUUCUCUGCUCGAGUCAUUGUCAUCAGAAACCACAGAUCUGUUUGUUCAGUAAGAAAAAAGUGAUGCUUGAUUCUGACGUGUGAAAUAAACAGUGAUGCGUCA